AUGAUUUUAAUUAUAAUAUCACUCAUCACAUUUAUUAAUUGUGAUUGUAUCCCUUACGGAAUAAGAUUAUCUUUAGGACAUUAUUAUUCAGCUCUUAAUGAUAUUAAUAACUAUAUGACACUCACUUUUAAUUCUUAAAAUAUUUGUUUAGAUUAUGUGGUACAGAUCAUUACUGUAUCAAGCAUCCAUAAUAUCUAAGUUAAUAAUUAUUAAUUACUCAAUAUGACAGAUAUUUACAAAGACUCAGAAAAUAUGAUUCAUUAUGAAACAUAUAUUUAUGAUGUAAAGUUUGGUUAAUUUGAUGGUUUAAUUGAAGGAAAGUAAUAUACUUUUGUGAUAUUUUGGGAAAAUACAAUAAUUUCAGGUCCAUUUUAUUUUAGUGUUCCAUCUAAAUCCUUAAAUUAUUCAAGUAAAUUUAUUGUUAUGGGGGAUUUGGAUUCUAAUUGGAAUUUAAAUACUUCUAAAUAAACUUUUGAUUGGUUUAAAAAUUAAAUUACAUAAACAACAUUUUAUGAUGGUAUCAUUUAUUUAGGUGAUAUGGCAUAUGAUUUAGAAGAUGAUAAUUGUAUUGUUGGAGAUAAUUUUCUUAGAAAUAUAAGUUUAUUUACUUCACAUUUUCCAUUUAUGUUGACAUUUGGAAAUCAUGAUUCAGGCAAAAAUGAUGAAUUUGUUUAUAUUAGAAAAUCAUUUGCUACUCCAAGAAUAUCUGAAUAUGAUAAUCAAAUAAAAUAUAAUGAUUUUUAUUCAUUUUAAGUUGGACAUGCAUAUUAUGUAUAAUUCCAUCCUUAUAAAAUUGCUUAUGGGAACAAAGAUGAAACAUACUUUAAUUAUACUUUAUUUUAAAUGGAAUAAGAAUUAAGAAGAAUUAGAUUAUAUGAAAAUACAUCUUGGUUAAUUGUUUAUAAUCAUUAUCCAUUUUAUUGUAGCAAUCCAGAUGAUGGAUUUUGUAAAGAUCAUUAUAAAAAGAUGAAAUAAUUUGAAGAUAUUUUUAUUAAAUAUCAUGUAGAUUUAUGUUUAGCUGGACAUCAACACACAUAUGAAAGAGAUGAACCAUUAGCAUAUAAUAAGAUUGCUUAAUUUGAUAAAUAUGAAAAUAAUACUUAUACAAAUCCUAAAGCACCUAUAUAUAUUGUAGAAGGAGCAGCUGGUAAUGAUGAAAUAAUGCCUGAUAAUAUUUGUAUUAAUUUAUUUGACUUUAGAUCCACCAAAAUUUUAUACUAAAUUUUAAGCUGCAGGUGAUGGUAUAGGUAUCUUAGAAAUAAAAAAUGAAACUCAUUUAUAUUUCGAACAUAGAAUGAGUAUAAAUGAUUCAAUUGUUGAUUAUCUUUGGAUUGUAAAAACUAAAAUAGUUCCAGAUGAUGAUGAUGACAAAGUUAAAGAUUCCAUUCCUAUAUGGGUAUGGAUAUUAAUAGGUGUUGGAGUAUUGCUUAUAAUUGCUUUGGUUAUAUAUUGUGUUCUAUAAAAUAAAAAAUCAAAAUAAACCCAUGAUGAAUUUAUUUGA